AUGUCCACCUGCAAGCUGUUGUGCAUUGGAAUGUUGCUAUCCCAUCUGACUUGCAUCCUCAUGGAUAAUGAAGCUCUCAAGGAUACCAGAGACUCUGACCCUGCCCCUGAUUAUGAAAAAAAUGCAGGCAGGAAACCAUCUGUAAUGGAAAAACUGAAAUCUUGGUUGAAUGACUUUAAGGAGUACCUGUGGGAUCUCAUUAAGACCUCAGUCCCUCCAGUAGCCAUUAUUGCAUUUUUCAUCUCCACUAUGCUCUUGGGAAGUAUCUGCUGCCUCACCCUCAUCGUGGAUGAACUAAUGUAAUCAGUCAAUGGAAUCAAGAACUGGAAUUUCACUGGGCAAAGUGGGAUUCUGUUGUGCUGG